GAGAAUAUUUUCGUCGUUAUUAAAAUAGUAAUGCACGUCGAAGUGAUCGCUCGUCGAUCGGCAUAAAAAUACACGCUUCCUUCGUGGAGGUUAUAGCUAUAAGGAAAUACGAAUGGAGCAAAGAAUCGUACGUCGGUUUCUAUGGACGGGCCUGUGUAACAAGUUACGUUCACUUUCCGAUACCGCGCCGUCUAAAAGUGGAAACAUGAAGCGGUCGUCGGUCGCAAAAAAGGCAGCGGAAACUCGUUCGCGUUGCAUUUCGCUCGAAUAAAAAGCGAUCGAUACGUAUGCAACGCGGAAUAAAUAGACGUCGACAUUUCUUAUAUCUGAUGACUUCCAUGAAUUUUUUAUAUAUGUUUUUUCCUCAUCUACUAAUUAUUAGGAUAAUUAGCUUUUAUUCUUAUUUCCUGUGUCGAUAUCUAUCAAUGUUUUUUUAUUUGUUUUUUUUUUUAUUUCGGAAUAUCGAGCGAUGCGAGAUGUCUAUGUCACGUGCGAGUCGCGUUGCGUCGACGCAAUGCGAAAAUACGACGAAGCGAGGAAGUCCGAUUAUCCUCUGACGAAGCUGUUGCUUCACACGUUUGUCUUACUGGGCAAUCUGGGAAACCUAAGGGAAUUAUCACCGAUGAUCGUUACUCAUUAAGUCGCUGAUAACCCGCUGAAGUAGUACGACUACUGAUGCACGUACGAGAUAACGAGAGAUAGGUGGAAUUCCCCGCUCUUUUCUUUGAUAUUUCCUUAUGUUUAUUGUAUCGAUCGUAUGCUGCGUUACAUAAUCGAUGCUGGUCAUCAUUUGUUAUAUGCAUCUUUGUCGAGGAUUCUUAUUUUACUAUGGAGAUACCUGAUGAUGCGACUGACCGAAGGUACCACCUGUCAUGGCUCUUUAGAACAACAUGAUUAUAUCGAGGAUGUGGUGUGCAAGCAGGAAGAUAUCAACGAAAAUGAAAUGAAACUGCUGUCCCUUGGAGGUAACGAAAGGAAAAUUUUGCUGGUGAAACAAAAAGGAGAGUUACACGCGAUUGGUACCAAAUGCACGCAUUAUGGAGCUCUCUUACACACUGGUGCGUUGGGAGAAGGACGAGUGAGAUGUCCGUGGCAUGGCGCUUGUUUCAACAUUAAAACUGGAGACAUUGAAGAUUAUCCAGGCUUGGACUCUUUACCAUGCUACAAGGUUCGCAUAGAUGAAGCCGGCCUCGUCCACGUAAGAGCGAAAUGCAAAGAUCUAGAUGUUAACAAACGCAGCAAAGCUAUGUCUACACGUGAUCCUGAAAAUACGAAAACAGUUGUAAUAGUCGGCGGUGGACCAGCGGGUGCGACCUGUGCGGAAAGUCUGCGACAGGAGGGCUUUACAGGACGCAUUGUUAUGGUCUGCAGAGAGAAUGUGGUACCAUACGAUCGAAUAAAAGUAUCUAAAAUAUUAAAUUUUGAUGUUCAAAAGGCAGUAUUACGACCACCUACAUUUUACAACGACCACAAGAUCGAGACAAAACUUGGGAUAGAAGCGACAGAUCUAGACACUACUCAGAAUAUCGUCAAACUGAGUAAUAAUGAGAACUUGAAGUACGAUUAUUUAUUUAUGUGCACAGGCAGUAAGCCAAAGAUGCCGAGUGUGCCUGGAGCAAAUUUAUCAAAUAUUUUUGUCCUACGAGAUUACACCGAUUCACAAGGCGUAAAUGCCAUCCUAUCUCCAGAAAAGCAUGUAGUUGUACUAGGAUUAAGUUUUAUCGCCAUGGAAGCCGCAGCUUAUUGUAUCGAUAAAUGUGCAUCUAUCACGAUAAUAGGACGCAAUAUUGUGCCUCUCAAAGGGAUAUUUGGUGCAGACAUCGGUAAUAUAAUUAGACAACAGUACGAGGCAAAAGGUGUGAAGUUUAUUUUUCAAAACAACAUCAAGCAAUUUAUUCCAAAAGAGAAUGAAGAAAAUGUUUUAGCUAAAGUCGAACUUAUGGAUGGUCAAAUUCUGCCAGCGGAUAUAGCUAUCAUUGGAAUAGGAUCCACUUUCUAUACAGAUUGGAUAAAGAAAUCGUCUGUUCAAAUGAAAGACAAUGGUUCUAUAUCAGUAAAUAAGUACCUAAGGACAAAUGUAGAAAAUAUAUAUGCUGGAGGUGACAUAGCUUACGCGCCAAUAUUUGGAUCUGACGAUACAUUAGCUGCGAUAGGUCAUUUUUCUUUAGCUCAUUAUCACGGCAAAGUUGCAGCUCUAAACAUUUGCGGUAAAGAAACUGCUUUGAAGACUGUGCCAUUCUUUUGGACGAACUUAUUGAAUAAAAAUUAUCGAUAUGCAGGCUACGGAAAACCUACUAGCAUAAAGAUUCAUGGCUCCCUCGAUAAACUGGAAUUCUUCGCUUAUUAUCUUAAAGAUGGCAAAGUAAUAGGAAUUGGCAGUGUCAAUGCCGAUCCUGUGGUAGCAGAUUUUGCUAAUCUGCUUUACGAGAGAAAAGUAUUAACAGAAGAAGAAAUUAAUACAGAUCCAUUUGGUUGGAUGAGAAAUAAGCCAAAAGACAUGGUAGUCCGAUUUCAAGCGAGCUUUUUGGUUAAUGUUUGAUGCGACUUUAAUUGUUUUGUACAAGUAAUAUAGUUUAAUGCCUC